CUGUUUUCCGGCUAGGUAUAUGUACUAAGUACAAAGUUGCAAGAUUUCGUUUUGGAUCAAGACAACCCUAGGAGCACCACUUCAAUCUCCACCGUCUCACAAACCUCCAUUUCAAUUGUGCGGCAAGCACAGACAUAACAACCAUGGACCACAACCACGAAAGCGACAGCAUUACCGACAGCCCUCGAGGCGAGAAGGCUGCUGCCCUGCAAGGCACACAUGUCACAGAAGGUCCUCACCAGCAUCCUGUCCCUCAUGACUACCUUUCAGCAGUUGAGAACGGCCUCAUCGAAGACCUACCACCUCCCACAAACUUUGCGCAACGAUGGGCUCUCAAGCUGGAACACCUUGCCGGUGUCGAAGCCCGAGGUAUCGAACGUGUGCCUGAAGCUAUUCGAGCACCACAUGCAACUUUGGGAGACUACGCGCAGAUGUGUGUCAUUUGGUUCUCGGCCAAUGUUACCAUGAACAACUUGAUCAUUGGGUUUCUUGGACCCUUGCUGUUUGAGGUCGGGCUCAAGGAUGCUAUGAUCCUCUCAGCUUUCGGAGCAUACGUUGGUGCUGCAGGUCCUGGAUAUAUCUCGAGCUUCGGUCCUGCCAGUGGAAAUCGUACGAUGGUCGUUGCACGGUAUACAAUGGGUUGGUGGCCGAGCCGUAUCUGCGUGCUCUUCAAUAUUGUCAUCAUGCUGGGCUAUGGAUUGAUUGAUAUCUUGCUGUCUGGCCAGAUCCUCUCCGCUGUGAAUGGCAAGGGUCUAACUAUCAUUGUGGGGACGAUCAUAUCUGCUAUUGUCACGCUCAUCGUCGUCCUUUUCGGUAUCCGGCUCUUCCACACCUACGAACGUUACGCCUUCAUCCCUCAGGUCAUUGUUCUUCUCAUCCUCAUCGGAGUCUCAGGCCCUUACUACGACACUUCAAGUCCUACUAUUGGCACAACACCCGAAAGGGCAGCAGACAGGAUGAGUUUCUUCUUCCUGGCUGUUUCGGCAGCUAUUGCAUGGACACCUAGCUCGGCCGAUUUCUACGUCUACUUUCCGCCCAAGUCAAGCCGACUUGCUGUUUUCGCUUGCACCACCCUCGGUUUGGGGACUUCCUGCGCAUUCACAUACAUGAUCGGAGUGGGUAUUGCUUCCGCCACCCUGAGCAAACCAGAAUGGAAUGCGGCAUACGAAGGUGGUGGUGCUGGAGCUCUGCUCGUGGCUGCCUUCAAGCCUCUCGGCUCCUUCGGUGACUUCUGCUCUGUCGUCGUGGCUUUGGGUUUGAUUGCAAACAAUAUUCCUGGAACUUACUCCGCCGCAUUGUCCUUCCAGCUUCUCGGCAGAUGGCUGGGGAAACUGCCGCGCAUUUUUUGGACCGUUGUGGGAGUGGUGAUCUACACAGUCUGCGCAUGUGCUGGACGCAACCACUUGUUUGAAGUCUUCCAGAACUUCCUAGCACUGCUAGGCUACUUCGUGGUCAUCUACAUCGCCUUGACGCUGGAGGAAGAAUUCAUCUUCCGUAAGCGCAGAGGCGGAUUCGACUGGGCGGCUUGGAAUGACAAGAGGAAAAUGCCCUAUGGCAUUGCUGCGUUGACUGCCUUCUGCAUUGGUUGGGUUGGUGCCGUGCUCGGUAUGUGGCAGACAUACUUUACUGGUCCCCUUGGAAAGACUGUUGGAUUCGGUAUCGACCUGGGCAUUCCCCUCGCCAUGAGCUUCAGCGCCCUCGCUUACCCACCCCUGAGAUUCUUGGAGUUGAAGUUUGUGGGAAAAUGAGUCUUCCGUUGGCCGGAGAUGUGUUGUGAUCAUUACAAUAUAGAGAGAGUCAUAUAUCAAGGGUUGGAAAUGCCAUGGUGCAUGCCUUCAGGAAUCCGCAGGGUAACAAUGACGAUGGGUGAAUAUUAAAACUGCAUUGCGAGUAAUGAGCGCUCGCAAGCUUGGUCAAAGC